CAUUAUUUACUCCCCCCCGCCCCCAUCACCACCCAUCAGACGAUGUUGGCCGAGCAGUCCCAGAAAUGGUUCCCGACCCACGUCCAGGUGACGGUCCUGCAGGCCCGCCGGCUGUGCCCGAAAGGCAAGGGCGGCAGCAACGACGCCUACACCAUCAUCCAGCUGGGCAGGGAGAAGUACUCCACGUCGGUGGCGGAGAAGAGCCUCUCGCCGACGUGGAAGGAGGAGAUGUCGUUCGAGUUGCCGGGCCUGCUGCUGCAGGGCACCCCCGAGAGGUACACCCUGGGUCUGGUGGUCCUGCACCGCUCCUUGGUGGGGCUGGACAAGUUCCUGGGCCAGGUGGCCAUCUGCCUCAAUGAGCUGUUUGAGAACAAGUCCAGGAGGCAGAAAGAAUGGUUCAAGCUGGAGUCUAAACCAGGCAAGAAGUCAAAAGAAAGAGGUGAACUCCAAGUAAGCAUCCAGUUCAUGCGAAACAACAUGACUGCAAGUAUGUUUGAUCUUUCCAUGAAGGAUAAAACGCGAUCCCCUUUUGCCAAAUUCAAGGACAAAAUGAAAGGAAGAAAAAAUGACAGCACUAUUUCUGACCAUUCUUCUGCAAUCGUUCCAAGUACAGCUUCAAAUUCGGAUCAGGAUGCUUUAGAAGUAGAUAAGCAGCAGAAAUCCAAGCCAAAAAAAACCUUCCUGUUAGGACCUCAGAGACUGUCAUCUGCCCAGUCUAUGUCAGAUUUAACUGGUCCCCGGCAAUCGUUGGAGAAGAUGAAAUCCAAUACUGUAGGACACGUAGUCUGCAAAUCCCACUCAGACUCUGCUAAUUCCAAUGAAGAAAUGGGGUUAGUGUACAUGUCGCAAAAAGCAGCGACAUUGCCAAGAAGCAAAAAUCCCUUUGAAAACAGCAGCGACUCGUGGAAGACGAGGGGAGAUGCAAGUUCCGAAACCCCCAAUGAUGGUCAAUCAGAAACCAAAAAGGAGGCCAAGAAAGACAAAGAAAAGGAGAAAAUGAGCCUGUUUGCCCGAGUGACUGGAAAGAAAGAUGCCAAAAAGUCUGAGAAAGUCAUCGCGAGAUCAGACGGUUUCGGUGAUCCCCUGAAUCCUUUCACCAAAGAUCUUCAAGCCAGUUUCGAAUUUGAUUCAAGAAAUCCAUUCUCUGCAAACUACAAUGCAGUCGCUAACUCCAGCUCACUAAAAUCCCCAAUGACUGACGACUUGAAGAUAGUGGAAACGUCCUCUCAUGACAAGUUAAACUAUCAGAAGAUUAAUCAACAUUUAAGCAAAGGCUUUAAACAACAUCACUUUGAAUACCACGGAGACAAAAGCAGAGUAAAUGAUCCCAACCUAUUUGCCACUGGGUACAGGAAUCUCUCGAACAAUGAGUUGAUCUGUGAACUUCUGAAGCAUAAAGAACUUAUUAAGAGAAAGGAUGGCCAAAUCCGGGAACUUGAGGACUACAUUGAUAACCUGCUCGUACGAGUCAUGGAAGAAACUCCCAGCAUUCUCAGAGUACCGUACGAACCCUCUCGGAGAGCUGGGAAACUUCCAAAGAAAAAUUGACCUCGUUAGUAUUUUAUAAUUACCCAAACUUAUUUGAGGUGUAUAACAGAAUUGUGAACCUAAUUCGAUGCGAAACCUCGUGCAGCAACCGAGUGAAUCGGUGAUCAAUUUUAUGGAACCCAGAGCUGCCUCCUUACAUUUCAAGCCAAGUGCAACUCACGUGUCUUUGUCAUGUUCUCUCGUUCACUUUUGGUUUAAAUCAAAAAUUCUGAUCUUUUUUUCUACUUCACUUAAUUAUUCACUGAUUUUAAAAUGGGCCGAUGUUCGUCUUGCACGGGGAUCGAAAGGCGUUGCAUGCUAGCUUCACUGACAGAUGUAUAUCGCCCUCCUGGGUUCCCUCAUCUGUUCACGUCGCACAUGCGAAGUCUAUAGACAAUAUAUCUUCUGUUAUACUUCGCAGACUGGAAUAUCGUGAUGAAGCAAACCAUGGCAGGAGAAUAUGGCUUCAAUGUAUUAACACGCCACCUUUAAAUUAUUCCGAAGCUCUUGGGCACACUUCAGGUGAUAUGUGGCUUGGUUUGAGAGGAUGUGCACACUAAAAUUAGUCAUUGUUUAUAUUGCAGGAACUGUUAUCCAUCGCUAUUUUACUUGAAUGUAUAAGUAUACUGACAAAGUAUGUCGGUUUACAGUAAUCAUGCCAAAAACUAAUCACUUUAUUCUUGCCUCGGGCUUGAUCAUCUGUUAUACUUUAGUCUUCUGGCAGUUCCAUGCUCUUUUUAUUCGGAGCUCAUUUUAAACCUGUACUUCCAUUAAAUGUUUACUGCACUUGACACUGCAAUAUUAUUAGAAAAAUACAGUUCUUCCAAUCUGCUUUUGAAUUGGAAUAUGCCACGUGCUUAGGGAGAACUGUAAAGCCGAACUACUGGAGUGGAAAACAAUCUUAGCAUUUCGCUCAAGUUGAACAUGAGGUGCUUUAUCUUUAUAUAAUGGCGUCUAAGCUCACGAAUCUGUGUGUGAUGUUACUGCCCUUGACGUCUUAAACCAAGAACACCAAACAAAUUUUCUUUGCCACUUAAAUAAUGUUCACAAAUCCUUUCUUUUGGAGGAUGGGAAAAAAAGCUUUUUUUUGUAAUAGGCUUUGUGUAUCAGACAUAAAAAAAGGAUGCGUUUUUAUGCCAAAAUACAAACAUUUCUGCCCAUUUAAGUUGAACUCCAAAUAUAAUGCUUAAUCUUGGGGUGGCCUCUUAAGUAAGGCUUGGUAUAAUGAUAGUAUUAUUCAAUGGGUCCUGUUCUAACAUUUUUUUAUAUGCCUCAUUGAUGUACUUAGGAGUUGAAAAUUGUUGCACAGAUUAUUUAAAGAUGCAUUUUAUAAUCUGCACAAGGAAUCUUACAACAAUAGCAGGUGAAGUGCACAGAUAUAUAAUGUCACUGUCAAACAGCCUGUGAGCAUUCUAAAAUGCAACAAGUGUGAGACGUCAGAGGACAAUAGGUACUCAUUUAUGUGUCAAAACCAUUCACUGAAAACUUCCCUUGGACAUGUUUGUUUUAGCACAGUAGUACCGAUGGACAUAUUUUUUUUAAAUGGUGAAAGCUGCUUUUGUCGUUCAAAUUAUAUUUAUCUGGUUGCAAUAAAACAAUGCCAGCAUCAACAGAGAAAAGCUUAUUCUUUCUGCAGCACUUCAAGUUUUUCACAGCUUUGAAAAUAAUACUCCUUUUUUUUAAACUCACUGUCUUAACUUCCUUGUUUUCACAUCAUUGGAAUUCUCUGGAUGACUAUUGAGAAUGAUAUGAAGUUUGCAACACAGGUUUAAUACUAUAUGAUGUGCUUUUUUUAUAUGGCUGCUCUUUUCUACAGCUUAAAAGUCCUGGCAGUGCAGAUAUACCAUUAUAUCAAUAUAAGACAUUGGUUAUAUCUUGAGUUUUUGAAACAGAUGACGCUCUUGACAUGAAGUUAAAGAGCUGAGGUUAAAAAAAAAUUAGCACAGCAAUGAGUUGUGAAAAUGGUCCAGAAAUUCAUCUGCCUCGGUUUAUCAAAUGCACUUUUAUUUAAUUAAUGCUUUAGUUCAGCUCCAUCAGCCUUGGCUUUCAGGCGGUGCAAAAGGUUAAAUUGCUGGAAGAAUUCUGCAGGAAGAAUUCCCACAGUUGUACUGCAGGUGUUGAGGGGUGUAACCAUGCAAUAAAGUUAUUUUUCAUUCUGCAGGGAAACUAAUGCAUAGCGUAAUAAAUGACAGGUGGGAGUGUUGUACUCCUGUAACACAAUCGAAGAGGCCCUUGUGAUAGCUCCAUGAAAUGCUCACACUUUAGGAUAUCAUCCAGAACCUAUUACAGGUUCCCAUACUCUCAGAAUAUUGCAUUAUCUUCUUGUGCUGUUUUUGCUUUACUUGAUCUUUUCCUUUUUUUUUACCAUUUGAGUUCCCAGCUUCUGCUUCUAUUUUAUCUUCUGAUUGUGGGUUAAUUUUACCAGGCAGCGGUCUUAUUUACCGCUAUCAUUCCUGAAUAUCUCCAUUAGCAUUACUUUUCAGCAGAAGCAGAAUGAUGGACAUAUCGUGCCAUAAAUCAAACCUCUGCACAAUUUCAUGUGAUGGGAGAAGGAGAGGUGUUACCAGGGCAUUCUGUACAUUGCAACUCUGUACUGUAAUUAUUGCUCAUGUCACUGCAAUGUCCUCAGAACAUCCGAAAACCGCGAUCAGAUACUUUAGUAGACUUGAAAGUAGUUUGGUUCUAAACAACGUAGAAUGUGCUUAGAUGACAAUUACUGUUUGUGAUAUAAGCCACAGUUCCACUGGAUCGGAUAGUUUUUCAUCUUGAGAGUUACUUCCAUCACCAGCCGAUCCAAAUGUUACCAAUAGGUUAAGAGUUCUCCAUUCAUGAAUGAAUUCCGCCUCAAUGUUUUCCCCCCUUGUGUGUAAUGCACUGACCCUCGUGGAUUGUAGACUUAAAGAGUAGUGUAGAAUAUGACACCUUAACCAUCAGUAUAUGCUUUUCAAUUUAAAAACUAUAGUAUUGAAGAGGAGACAGGCAACAGAAAAAUAAAAGGUUAAAAAGGAGCAAUGAGCAGCUUUCAUUUUCAUUUUGAAAUCCUUCAAUAUGAAUCUCCUGUGCUUCUUUGUAAAACUAAUACUGUAGAAGCCAUUGUCUAGGUGGCUAGAUUAGGUGUUUAGUAUUGAGUCAUGUAAUGUUGUUCAUGUAUAUUUAUCCAAUUGUGUGAACUGUAGAAGGUUAGGUGUUCUGGUAUAGGCUCUGAUGGCACAAAGAAGACAUUAUUAAUUGCCUUGGGUUCUGCAUAAGAUCAGUACUAAAGGUAAUAACACUAGUGGGCCCGAAUGAACAAUGUUUUUCCUUGUGUUUUACUGUUAGAAAAACAGCUGAUGAGUCCCGGUUUUAUAAAGCUGCUUUGUUUUACUAACACAUGUGACACAACUGACCCAAUCCCUCAAAAUUGUAUCAGUUUUACUUUUGAAGCCACAUAUGAGUGUCGUCCAUGUUAUUCACAACCAGUGGGUAUUUGAUGGUGCAUUAGUGGCACAAAACUUCAAGAGAGAUUAAUGAAGGAGCGGCAAUUAUUUUAAACCACUGAAGACUUACCGUGGACUGACUGAGAGUACACCACGACUAUCCUUUUUAUUUGUAUCCCUUGUCAUUUUAAUUACUGCUUCGAACAAUCGCAACUUUAGUGAAAAUGUAAACUGCUGAGGGUGAAGUGUUUACUUUGUCGUUUUGAGAUUGGCCACUGAUCCAGGAAUGAAGCUUAGCUUAGCUUAGGUAUAUGUCCAAUAAAACCUUCUUAUGCCUUAGCUCAACUUUUAUGUGCGUAGACUCAAAGGUACCUCAUUUAUUAUUGUGCUCUAAAACGUAAAACAUUUAUUGCCAUAUUUAUUCUAUUUUACUUUUUGUUUGAUGUGGCUGCAAUCAUUUUCAAGGGUGCUUUUAUAUACAUACCCGUAUGCUGUUCAUUUGGCAACUAUUUGCCGUGCAUUCAUUUUACUCAAUGCAUUAUUAAAAUAUAGUAAGAUGAGAUGAGAACUAGUACAAUUGAAAGCAACCAAACCCUUUCUUAUACUGGUUUUUUUCACCCCAUAUUAACCACGAGAUAAGCACUUAAUCUACUGUCUGGGGGUGUAUGAAGUUUUGUUGGGCCAGCCUGUUGUAAAGUAUUUAUUAAAGCUCAUUGAACAAGUAUGGUAGUUGAUCUUUCUGCAGGAACUUUAACAUCCAUUUGACAAAGAUUCUGAAAUGCUUGCACUUUAAACUGAUGUAAGUAAGGCAAAUAUUCUACAAGAAUUACUUGUCUGGUGGUUUUCAAAUAUACCAUGUCUUGAUCUGCAGUUUCCUACCUUUUUACAAUGACUUGUAUAGGAUUUCAUGUUAUACACUUUGUAAAUCAAUUUUUAAGAAACCAUGAUCAGGUUGCUUGCUGUUCACAAUGUACCUCUGUGUUUAUUUCAAAAUGAACCCAUUAAUCACUGACUUUGUUAUAGGAAUCAGGUGUGUACAGUCAGCUGCAGUACCACCACUUGUUCUCUUUUAAAUGGGCUGGAUCAUAUUUGUCUGAUGUUGUAAAUAAGUUAAGAAAAUACCUUUAAGGUGGAUGGAUGCAUGUAAGCUUUAGCUUGAUCUGUGCUCUUGUGAAGAAAGUGACUCGAUAAACAGCUUCUCAAUACUGCUGUGUAAUCUUUGCAUGCAGAAAUUGCAAAAAGGUGAACGGAAAGCACAGGUGGUGCUGAAUUGUUGGUGGUUCGAGUAGAGUGAAUCAAAUUGACUGUUGAUUUAACACGCUGUACUUAAGUUGCCACACACUCAAACUUUUAUUACAUGUGUUACGAUUCUAAAUACAUCCUGCGUUUUAGCUAUGCUUUAAGCUGUUGCUAAAAAGGCAUAAUACAGUGCAUGUUUCAGAUAUUUAAUAAACUAUAUUCAACGGAA